AUUAAGCGGAGCAGACCAAAAUCCCAAACAAGGAAAUGGUGGGGGAAUAAAACGACCAGAUUAUUUAAUGAAUGCAUGUAAUAAUUAAUAUUUUAUUUUAUUGUAAAUUAAGACGUAUUUAUGGGUUGAAAUGGAUUACGACUUCAAAACAAAGCUGGCAGCGGAGAGGGAGAGAGUGGAAGAUCUGUUCGAAUAUGAAGGUUGCAAAGUGGGUCGAGGCACCUACGGGCACGUUUAUAAAGCUAAGCGCAAAGACGGGAAGGACGAGAAGGAAUAUGCACUGAAACAGAUUGAAGGCACUGGAAUCUCCAUGUCUGCAUGCAGGGAAAUUGCUCUGCUACGAGAGCUGAAGCACCCAAACGUUAUCGCCUUGCAGAAGGUCUUCCUGUCCCACAGCGACAGGAAGGUGUGGCUGCUCUUCGACUACGCCGAGCACGACCUGUGGCACAUUAUCAAGUUCCACCGCGCCUCCAAGGCCAACAAGAAACCCAUGCAGCUUCCUCGCGGGAUGGUGAAGUCCCUGCUGUAUCAGAUUCUGGAUGGGAUCCACUACCUCCACGCCAACUGGGUUCUCCACAGGGAUCUGAAACCAGCAAACAUCCUGGUGAUGGGAGAAGGUCCUGAGCGAGGAAGAGUCAAAAUAGCUGACAUGGGUUUCGCCCGACUUUUUAACUCGCCCCUUAAGCCACUGGCAGACCUGGACCCGGUGGUGGUGACCUUCUGGUACCGUGCUCCUGAGCUCUUGCUGGGCGCCCGGCACUACACCAAAGCUAUAGACAUCUGGGCGAUCGGCUGCAUCUUCGCAGAGCUGCUGACGUCAGAACCCAUUUUUCACUGUCGGCAGGAGGACAUCAAGACCAGCAACCCAUUCCACCACGACCAGCUAGACCGGAUAUUCACCGUUAUGGGUUUCCCUGCAGAUAAAGACUGGGAAGACAUCAGGAAGAUGCCAGAGUACCCCACCCUCCAAAAGGAUUUCAGGAGGACAACGUAUGCAAACAGCAGCUUAAUCAAAUACAUGGAGAAGCAUAAAGUUAAACCCGACAGCAAGGUCUUCCUUUUGCUUCAGAAACUCCUCACUAUGGAUCCUACCAAGCGCAUUACAUCUGAGCAGGCGCUUCAGGACCCCUACUUCCUCGAGGACCCGUUACCAACCACAGACGUGUUUGCUGGAUGUCAGAUCCCCUACCCCAAACGAGAAUUUCUGAACGAAGAUGAGCCCGAGGAGAAAACAGAAAAGACCCAGCAGCACCAGCAGACAGCAGGCCAGACUCAGACCCAGAACCAGCAACAGACGACAGCCCAGCAGGCCCCUUCCCAGCAGAGCUCGGCCCAAACCAACGGCACCACUGGAGGCGCAGGAGCCACCGGGGGUGGGGGUCUGCAGCACAGUCAGGAUCAGGGUCCACCCAACAAGAAACCUCGGCUCGGGCCCUCUGGAGCUUCCUCAGGCACGGGGGUUUUACAGUCAGAAUACCAGCACUCCAGCUCCCGCCUCGGUUACCAAAGCAACACCCAAAGCUCCACCCAGCCCCAGAACACCAUGGGUUACUCGUCAUCCUCUCAGCAGAGCUCUCAGUACCCUCGUUACUGAGACUCCCGGAACCAGCAGAGGAGCCCCCUCCUCAUCACUGCAAACCAAUCCUCAACGACCUCAGCAGACGGCAGCCGGUGUUUACAUUCCAACUCCUCCAUCCUCCAUUUCAACCUCAGCUGGCAUCUUUAUCCGUAUGGCCUUUAGUGGCGUCAAGCUCAAAGGCUAGAACUCACAUCAACCAAAAAAAAAAAAAAAACACCCCACAAGUUAACAAUAUCUGCCUCGCGCAGCUGCUGAGAGAUCUUUAAAAUGACUCCAAACAAACGGUGGAUUUGAAGGCAUCAGUCAGACUAAGAGCUGGGAAGUUCCUCAGCUCUGUUUAUAUGUAAAUUAUGCAGCACCUUCUUCUAUUCCAUGUCUUUCCGCGGUUUACUGUUGAUGUCAAUCUGAAUGUUACAUGUGGAGUCGAGGAACUGAAACAGAUCGCCUCCGUCUCCUGUUGUGGAUUAUCUGAAGAGAAGGAUUGCAAGAGCCGCUCCUCCAGGGGAAGCAGACUGUUGGUUUCUAACUGCAGGGAUUCAUCAGCAGCUUUUUCUUAUCAUGUCUCUGUAUUUAGAUCGAUUCAUCUCAAAGUCGGAAGUUGAUUCUACAGCUUCUGGAAACUUUGAUCACAAACACUCGCGUUCAACACUCGCCCUUCGUGGUCCACAGAUCAUUCAGGAGAAGCUGGCAGUGACGCUCAUCUUUUGGUGGACCCUCAGACUCUGACGGUUUCUGAACACAAAUGUGCGCAUAAUGUGCAGGGCAGCUAAGAGAACCCCCCAAACCUGAAACUAGUCCUGAAAUGAGCUUCAUCAGACUGUUACUGCCGAAUUUCAAAUUGUUCUAUGAGGUAUUAUUGUGUAUGUGUGUGUGAGGGUGUGUGCAUGGAAGUGUGAGUGUGUGUGUCUUCUUUAUGCAUGUCAUCCAUGUACCUACCAGAACUGCACUGAGCGCUUAACCCACCUGCAGAUACCUGGAAACAACAACUGGUCCAGAAGAGGAACCGGGUCAGUCCGGCACAACCGGGAUCAAAACCAGCAGCUAUUCAAAGGUUUUCUAAUCCCUGCAGAGCGUGAAGCAAAGAACAUGAAGAGCAGCUCACAGUGAAGUGUCUCCAUACUCUUCUGACUGACCGUCCAACAACUCCUAUGCAAAGAAACCAGACUGAAGCUGACAGGUUUUCUGAUGUUUGACAGCUGACACUUCGUUCCUGUCAUUAUUGUACAGCGGCCCGUACUCUCUUCACACAGCAUUUUAAGAUGUACUCUAAAUGAUUUAUUGUAAAGAAAUGCAUAUUUAUGGAUAGUAUACAAUCAUAUUUAUUAUUUCCAUACAUGGACAAAUAAUACCCACUUUGUAAGCUUUCCUCUGCCUUAAGUAUCAUAGAAGUAGAUCAGGACCUGAGCAUAUUUACUACUCUUUUCUGCGCCUCUCCUUUUUCUCCUGUAUUUCUUCAAAUGUCCUGAUGCCUCCUCACUGUAUAGCCCUUAUUUCAGCCGUCACAGCCUUCUGUCUUGCUUCCACAGGUAUUCCUCUGUGUCCCCGCAGAGCCUAAAACCUCCUCAUUAGUGUGGAUGGUGCCUUUUUUUCAUCUGUCUGUAUUUUCACACUGAUCGUGUAGCAUAACGUUUUGUAGAAACUGGCAGCUCCCAUCGGGUGAAAAGAAGUUCACUUAGUGUUUUUAUGAUUGAAUUAGACAUCUUCUGGUCAGACUUAGUACCCUGUGGCAUUAUCUAUUAAAGUAAAUAGGAUCAAAUGUGGAAGCAGUGUUUGAAAAACUCCAUCCAACCCAAUCAAUGAUCUUUAAGGAUUUAGUUUGGUGUCAAGAUUUCUCUGAAUUUCCUUUUGGGAUAGUCGUAAAACCGUUUUCACGAAAGGCAAAUAAGGUUGACUGUUCAGGAGAGAAAAACAUCUAAGACAGUUGUUAGACUAUAGAGGGGACAAUUUUUUGAUGGUGACUGAGGUUCAUAAAACUGGGUUUUAAAUCCACUCAUCUGUAAUUUACCAAUUGUCCUGGGUUUUAGUGGUAAUGACACCAGCCUUAACAAGGACUCCAGACCCCCCGAUUGGCCUUUUGACUGUUAGAGUUCUUCAAGGAUUAUGACAAGGCCAGUCAAGAGACAUGUUCUUGGGUCUACCUCCUCCUGGUUGGAUGUUUCACCAAAAGAUGCCCAAGUUGUAGUUUCCAUCUUAAUUCCAGUUGUGGAGGUCUAGGUGCUCUCCUCUGGGUUCCUCUUGGGGUGGAUGUACUUCCCACCUCACUUCCAAGGAAAACCCUAAUCAUACUGCAAGUAAAAUUGAUUCCAUAUCCAUAUUCUUAUUCCCAAACUUGUAAUCAACAUGUCUGACACCUCUACAUGUUAGCCAGUUAGCAUAUUCACAAUACCUGUAACUCCCAACCUUGUUUGUAACACUUAAAAAACAAGCUAAUACAGCUAAAACAAACCUAACUUUAACCAUGCUUAGUCCCAAACUUGUAAUCAACAUGUCUGACACCGCUACAUGUUAGCCACGUUACCAUAUUCACAAUAUCUGUAACUCCCAACCUUGUUUGCAACACCUAAAAAGACUCUAAAACACAUGUAACUGUGACUACGCAAACUCCAAAUCUUGUUAGUAGCUUAAAAAAAAAAAAAACAGUCCAGCACUGCUACACGUUAUCCAUGUUCGUGUUGUUGUGAAUGCUCUAACGGGGCUAACGUGUAGCAGUGGCUAAUAUGCUACAGAAUAGCAUAUUCCCGAAAACUCCCAACCUUGUUUGCAACACUUAAAAAACACACAACUAUUACUAAAACAAACCUAUCUGUGAUUAUGCUUAGUCCCAAACUUGUAAUCAACACGUCUGACACCGCUACAUGUUAGCCACGUUAGCAUAUUCACAAUACUUGUAAUUUCCAACCUUGUUUGCAGCAUGUAAAAAGACAGACUGAUACUACUAAAACACAUGUAACUGUGACUACGCUAGCUCCAAACAUUGUUAGUAACAUGGAAAGAAAACAGUUCGGCACUGCUACUCAUUAGCCACGUUUUUGUGUUACUGUGAAUGCGGUAAUGUACUGUGUAGCAAAUUAGCAGUAAAAGAUCCGUGAAGUCCAGUCAAAAUCUGACCUAAGCUGGGUUAACAAGGAUCUUCAGAAAUCGAGCAGUAACCUUAAUUACCUUAAGCAGCAUUUAAAAAGGUUGAGAUUUUCACACUCUGCUUCCUCAUGAUAUCCUAGUUUUGUUCUGAGUUGAUGCAAGUGACAUUCAAUGUCUGUCCAAAUGAGUUUGGGUUCAUCGACAAGAGAGUGAACCUUCUUCAUCAUCUAAACCUUUACUCAUUUCUACUCACCUCUAAACACUCAGAAGUCGCUUAUUUCUAGAUCUUUUCCGCAUUUUGGAAGAAACAGAUUCCUUUUGAAACGCUGUACAUAAAAAGUAUUUUAAGACUUUCUCAUUUAGAUAUGGAUCCAAUAGUUGUGUUUGAAUGCACUGUCGUCGCUCAGAUAUUUAGUGGUAAAUAAAAAAUAUUUAAUGUUUUUUAAUGUCUUGCUUUAGACACUAAAGUUAUUUUGCCAGAGUUUACUUCAAGGCCGCGCUCUCCUGUCAAAGUUUUUUUUUUCUUUUUUUUAUACUUUUUGCAUGUGCCUGUCUUUUUUCCAAUGCAGAACAUGAGCACUUAUGGUCCCAGAGUUUGUACAGACGGACGGACGCUCCUGAUCCUGCAGCAAUCGUGACUUCUGCCGAGUCAGAGGAAGUUAAGGAACUGCAGACUGGAUAAAAAAACAAGUACAAAUAUUUCCUUAGAUUAUGUUCACAACAGAGGAGACAUGUUACAGUUUCAGGAAGGAUUUAGGGUCAUUCUGAGCACAGGAUGGAGCAUCUUCUCCUUCUCUGAUGAGAGUCAUUAUCUGCCUAAACUGAGUAGCUGCAGAUUUGGAAGGAUAUGGUCCCAUUCCUGUCCGAGGUCAAGCUGCUCCGCAGUCCCAGCUUUUUUGGACCGGCAGACAGGUCAGCUGAACUAAUCAGUCUUUGCUUCCACUGUAGGUCUCCUAAGGAAAAGUACUGCUUGGAGAAUAGUGGAUACUCAUCUAGAAACCUGCUUUAAUUGAAAAAAAUAUAUUUAUGUAAGGUCUGCUUUAAAUCAAAUUUAGUUUUCAGAGAGUUUUAAUUCAAUUGACCCUAACCUCCCUUCGAUUUCUCAGACCGGCAGGAGUCAGCUGCUUCCCGAUCACAGCUGAACCAAUCAGGUCGGAGCGUCUGUGCACGCUCCUCUGUACCUGUAAUUUCAUGUAGUGUGUAGAGAAGGCAGCGAUGGUCCAGAAAGGGAGGAUUGGAACAAAACAUGUGUUUAGCUGCUUUUGUCAAACUUCCUGAAUGAAUGUCAGCUGAGAGGAAGUCCUCCUUAUUUAUUUUAUAUCCUCUGUAAUAAAAACUCUUUGUCUGA